GACUUUUCAAUCAUGAUGUUCGACUUUUACAAAAAUACAACCUUGUAAAAAGUAAUGCCAAGUUAUUUUUAGAAUAGAAUGGUUAUGUACUUGCGCGAAUAGACUUCAUUCCAUUUAAAUCAUUUGAAGAUGGCGUGCAUCAACAAGUGCCCAUAUUGUAACAUGGCCAUUAAAGUCAAUUUUAAGAAGUCCAAUAUUCGGCCGAUACAUCCGGGCUAUCUGGCUACUCCGGCCCAGCAACCGGGUCAUUAUACAGGAUACUCAGGCCCACCGGCCCAGCAACAGGUCUACCCAGCCCAGCAACAGGUCUACCCAGCCCAGCAACAGGUCUACCCAGCCCAGCAACAAGGCUACCUGGCCCAGCAACAGGGCUACCCGGCACAGCAACAGGGCUACCAGGCUCAGCAACAUGGCUACCCAGCCCAACAACCCGGCUAUCCAGCCCAACAGCCCGGUUAUCCGGCCAAGCAACCCGGCUAUCCGGCCCAGCAACCCGGCUAUCCGGCCCAGCAACCCGGCUACUCAGCAGCCCAGCCGGCAGCCCCACCACCAGCAACUGUAACAGCACCUGUAACAGCCCUAGCAACACCCCCAGCAAACCCAUCGACAUCAAAACCCAACGAAAGCUAAAUACACAUGUUUUGUUUUUGUUUUUUUUUUCUUUAUAUAUAUGUUUGAGUUGUUUUUAUGUUGUUUUUUUUUAGAUAUAAGUUUGAAUUGUUUUUUUUUUGUGUUGUAUUUUUAUGAAGUUUUUUAAAUAUAAUUUGUGUUUUUUUUUUCAAUAUAUUUUUGAUCGUUAUUUUUGAGGGUUCUAGCCAUAGAGUAUAUAGAGCGGAAACUCUGCUGUCAAGGACCUAAGUCUGUUGUCAAAAACCUAAGUCGUCUGAAUGUAGUAGUAGAACAACUUAUGGUAGUAUUAGUAUAUUCCCCAUAUUUGAAAUAACCCAGUAAACACAAAAUCAAACGUUUGAAAAAUGUUAUUAAUUUUAUUUAAUAUUAAAUAUUAACGGUUCCUUAAAAAAAGAGAAAUUGAUUCAAUAUUUACAUUCGAUUUAGAGUUUUAAAAUUUAAAAAUAGUUUGAUUUACAAUCUUUCUCGACUUUACAUGAACCCCCUGUGUUUGCUGGGUAACGACAUUUCAAUUUAUUAUUCUGAAAUUUUCACCACAAUUUUUUAUUAUUUAUUUUUAUAAUUAUACCCUUCACCUUCGUGAGAAGGGUAUAUAUAAGUUUGUCAUUCCGUUUGU